AUUUUGUUCCGCCCGUCGAGCCCCUGAGAUGGCGGCCGGGGAGACGGUGAAGGUUGCCGCCUGCCCAUCGGGGCUGUAGCCGCCGUCUCCCUGCCCCCCCGCGGCCGGCCCAUGGGCUGACGGAGGCCGAGAGCAUGGACCUCCACACCGCCGUGUACAAUGCCGCCCACGACGGCAAGCUGCAGCUGCUGCAGAAGCUGCUCGACGGCCGGAGCCGGGAGGAGCUGGACGAGCUGAUGGGCGAGGUGGCGUGCGGGGGGACGCCGCUGCUCAUCGCCGCCCGCUACGGCCACCUGGACGUGGUGGAGUACCUGGUGGACCGCUGCGGCGCCAGCGUGGAGGCCGGCGGCUCGGUGCACUUCGACGGCGAGACCAUCGAGGGCGCGCCGCCGCUGUGGGCCGCCUCGGCCGCCGGGCACCUGGACGUGGUGCGCAGCCUGCUGCGCCGCGGCGCCUCGGUGAACCGCACCACGCGCACCAACUCCACGCCGCUGCGCGCCGCCUGCUUCGACGGCCACCUGGAGGUGGUGCGCUACCUGGUGGGCGAGCACCAGGCCGACCUGGAGGUCGCCAACCGGCACGGGCACACGUGCCUCAUGAUCUCCUGCUACAAGGGCCACCGCGAGAUCGCGCGCUACCUGCUGGAGCAGGGCGCCCAGGUGAACCGGCGCAGCGCCAAGGGCAACACGGCGCUGCACGACUGCGCCGAGUCCGGCAGCCUGGAGAUCCUGCAGCUGCUGCUGGGCUGCAACGCGCGCAUGGAGCGCGACGGCUACGGCAUGACUCCGCUGCUGGCGGCCAGCGUGACCGGCCACACCAACAUCGUGGAGUACCUCAUCCAAGAGCAGCCGGGCCAGCCGCAGGCGGCCGGGGCAGGGCCGGCCCCGGGAGGCUCCGCCCCGGAGGAGCCCCUCAACUCGUACGAGAGCUGCUGCCCCACCAGCCGGGAAGCCGCCGUGGAGGCCCUGGAGCUGCUGGGAGCCACGUAUGUGGAUAAGAAGCGAGAUCUGCUGGGGGCCCUGAAGCACUGGAGACGCGCCAUGGAGCUGCGGCACCAGGGGGGCGAGUAUUUGCCCAAACCCGAGCCCCAGCAGCCGGUCUUGGCCUACGACUAUUCCAGGGAGGUGAAUACCGCCCAGGAAUUGGAAGCGCUGAUCACGGACCCGGAUGAGAUGCGCAUGCAGGCGCUGCUGAUCCGGGAGCGCAUCCUGGGCCCCUCGCACCCAGACACGUCCUACUACAUCCGGUACCGGGGCGCGGUCUACGCCGACUCCGGCAAUUUCGAGCGCUGCAUCCGUCUGUGGAAGUACGCCCUGGACAUGCAGCAGAGCAGCCUGGAGCCCCUGAGCCCCAUGACGGCCAGCAGCUUCCUCUCCUUCGCCGAACUCUUCUCCUACGUGCUGCAGGACCGGGCCGCCAAGGGCAGCCUGGGCACGCAGAUCGGCUUCACGGACCUCAUGGGGGUGCUCAGCAAGGGCGUGCGGGAGGUGGAACGGGCCCUGCAGCAGCCCAGGGAGCCCGGGGACUCGGCGCAGUUCACCAAGGCGCUGGCCAUCAUCCUGCACCUGCUGUACCUGCUGGGGAAGGUGGAGACCAGCCCCAGCCAGGAGCACCUGAAGCUCCAGACGGUCUACCGCCUGCUCAGGUGCGCCCCCCGCGGCAGGAACGGCUUCACGCCCCUGCACAUGGCGGCCGACAAGGACACCACCAACGUGGGCCGCUACCGCGUGGGCACCUUCCCGUCCCUGCACGUGGUCCAGGUGCUGCUGGACUGCGGGGCCGACCCGGACAGCAGGGACUUCGACAACAACACCCCGCUGCACAUCGCGGCCCAGAACAACUGCCCCGCCAUCAUGAACGCCCUGGUGGAAGCCGGGGCCCACGUGGACGCCACCAACGCCUUCAAGAAAACCGCCUGCGAGAUGCUGGACGAGGAGCUGCUGGCCAAGAGCACCAUGCAGCCCUUCAACUACGUGACCCUGCAGUGCCUGGCCGCCCGCGCCCUGGACAAGAACAAGGUCCCCUACAAGGGCUUCAUCCCGGAGGAGCUGGAGGCCUUCAUCCAGCUGCACUGAGCCCGGCCCUCCCCAGACACCAGCCCGGCCUCCUGCCCCUGCCCGGCACCAGGGAGGAGCCACGCGGCUGGGCGCGGGAGGUGCUGGUGCCCAGCUGUCCAGUGUUAGCAGCCAGGAGGGGCCGGUGGACAAGGGGCCGCCAGCGCCCGGCUUGGCGGGUCUGCUGCUUAGGUAGCGGGUGGGAUUCAGGCCUUGUGCGCAGGUUCUGAGGUUUUGCUGCAGUGUUUUUAGGCUUUUUGUUUGUGGACCCUGCAAGCUACCUCCAGGCGGUGAGGGGUGCAUGAGGCCGCAGGCCCGCGUUGGCCCCCGGGAUGCAGGUGGCCCUGGGUUUGUGGGGCUCCCUCCUGCCUUUCCCUUAGAACAGUGUUGCCCCGAGGGUCAGGGCGAGCACCCAAGAGGCCGCCACAGAGCGUGGCAACUGAGUGCCCCCAGGACGGCCCCGGUGGGCCCGGCUGGCACUGUGCAGAUUAAAGGGACAGGCCGCUUGGCCCGGAGAUGCCCCAGCCUCCCGAGUCUGCCCCAGGGCCCGAGUCCAGCCUCCCUGAGAAAGGCCCUGCUACACGGUGACGCAGGUCGGCCGGUCAGGGCCCAGCAAGGCAACAGCAGGUGGCCAGCUCUUGCCCAGCCCCUGUGGGCCCGGUCCCCCCAGCACCAUGAGAGCAGACAGGGCCAGGGCCUCCGCAGGAGCAGAGCCCAGGCCCGUGGGCAGCAGGGGCAGAAGGGCACCGGCCGCCCCCGGGAGCAGUGUCCGCUGCCUCGGGCUCCCACUGGGCGCCUGGCCCUUGGAGGAGGCCCUCCGACUUGCAGUGGUAGGUAGGAAGUGUAUUUAUUUGCAAGGCGAGCUUUUGAUUUAACUCAGGAGGACGCGCGGUGCCUGGCCCUCCCGGCGGCGAGGAGCCGCUGUCUGGUGGGGGUCAGCGCCGCAGCUGAGGCAUUAAAGAGCAGGUGUCUGAAGCGC